AUGAAUGUGCUGAUAUGGACACGGGUGUGUUUGUCUGAUGCAUUCCUUCUCCAUCUCUUAUCCUCUCUCCUUCUGUCUCCCUCCUUCUUUCAGGUCCUGGGCACCCCCUGUGAGGAUACCUGGCCAGGGGUCCACUCUCUGCCCCACUUCAAACCAGACAGCUUUACUGUCUACAGUUCCAAGAAGCUCAGACAAGCAUGGAAUAAGUUGGGCUAUGUGGACCAUGCUGAGGAGUUAGCCACUAGGUUCCUCCAGUGCUUCCCAAAGAACCGUCUGUCUGCUCAGGCAGCUCUCCAGCACGAGUACUUCAGCCACCUUCCUCCACGGCUCUGGGAGAUCUCAGACAUGGCUACUAUCUUCACGGUACCAAAUAUCAAGCUGCAGGUGGAGUCAGGUGACAGUAUACAGGUGUGUACCAGGACCAGCUCCAGCCAUGCUAAAGGGCCGUCCAGCAGCAAACACUGACCGGGGCAGACUGCCUCACAGCUAG